AUGUCUUCUAAUACCAAUAGGGUGUUUGUCUUUGUGAUCAUGGUCUUGAUUGCCGUAUCGACUGCCUGGGAUCUGAUACGAGAAAGGCUUGUGAUGGUGUCGUUGGAUAUCGCCAGUACCGUCGAGCUAGAACGAAACAUAAGUGUGACCCCCAAGAACCACAGCAUUGCAAUAAAAGCAAGUUUCUCCAACAGCAGCAGCAGCAACUCUACUACUAGUACAGUUCAAAGUAGUAGAGCCAGCAAGGAUCCAUUUGCAAUCGUCCGUGACGGCAAAGUAAUACAUAUGGCAGCAUCGACACAGCAGCAAACCCAGCAACGAUCCGGCGUCACAGUGGAAAAUGGCCAGCCACCGUCACGCCUUCCUGAUAGCAAUAGGACCGACUCGAAUUUGACGACGCAGGACUCCGAAUUUCAACUAGUGGAACCCACUACUCCAUCAGCUGACAAAUCACAAGACACGCCAGAGCAGCCGCCAAUUGCGAGCAAUCAAGCAGCAGCAGCAGACACUAUUACCAAUCACGACGACGUGUUUGAUCCAAAUUUAUUGCCGGACGAUUACAUCUUUCUCGAUCCGUCGAUACCUUCCAAAGAAUGGAUGCACAACUGUGCCAAAACAUUACAGCAGGAUAGCAAUAUCCUCAAGCCCUUUCCAAUCACUAUUCCGAGCUAUUCCUUGGGGGACUGUAUAACACACUGCAACAAGUGCACUAUUGACAAUAAGCAAAACUCAAAUUCCAACAACAGAACCAUUGCAUUUUACUAUAAUGCAUUUGCCUGCCCCAACAAUAAACAAAAUCUGACAGUUGUGGACCGGAUUCUGAAAAUAGUUGGUCAAAGAGAGGGCUUUGUCAAGCCGGAUCCCAAUGACAUUGUCAUUCAUCUUCCACUCGGAGAUGGUGUGGACACAAUCACAGAUUCCUCAGUCGGAGAUCUCCUGACACAAGGUGCUGUUGAAAGUGAUCAGCCUGAAGCCAAAAACGCAAAGCUUAAAACGCUUCGGAGUCUUUACGACUAUCUAGAGGAGCUAUCCCAACAUCCCGAUGCCAAACUGGUUUUCGUGGGUGGCGGAUCACACAACAAACCAGAAUUAUUUGAAAAGGCAAGAGUCUAUGCCAACUGUCUUCAGAGAGGCCUGGCCAAAGCUGGUAGAGUGGUGGAACUGAGUUUGGACAGUGGAGAUGCCGACAAGGAUUUCUACUUUAUGAGUUAUGCCAAAAAGCUCAUGCUGUCCUCUGGUGGAGGUUAUUCCAGCAUUGUGGGAGCCAUGGCAUUGAGGCAUGGAGGUGAAAUUGUCGGAAACCAGUUUGACUUUGCAGAUGCCGGUCUGGAUAUUACACCAGUACAACAAGAGCAACCGUCAGAACAUCAACCACUGGAACAGCAGCCACUAGAACAACAAGCAGAAGAACCAGUGCAUCAGCAACAACCAGCAGCACAGAAUCAAUCCUCACAUCCUGCUGAUUCGCCAAUAAGUUUGGAUGCUGCCAGCCCCAUUUCGGAAGAUGUGUUUGACCCAAAGUUGACUUUGGAGGACUAUGAGCGCAUGACACACUCACCUCCUUCCAAAGAGUGGCUUCGCAGCUGUGCCAGCACUUUGGAAACUGAUGAAACCAUUGUGAAACCUUUCCCAACCCUUCGACCGGACUAUGCUUUGGGAGACUGCAUCAAAAAAUGCAACAAAUGCAACCUUGGGCUUCCUG